AGGGCUUGAGUCAUUCAAAUUGAUGAAGAAGAAAAGUUACCAUAUGGACAUAUCGAUGCAGAGAUUCGUAGUGAAUGGAAGAACCGUGAGAUUGCCUCCCGGUUUUCGUUUUCAUCCCGAAGAGGAAGAUCUCGUCUUCGAGUAUUUAGCCAAGAAGGUCCUCAACCGUCCCAUGGAUUUCAAUCUCCCCGAGAUCGAAUCUUACAAUGCCGAUCCUUGGGACUUGCUAGGAGAGAAGAACAACGAAGCAUAUUUCUUCGCAAAGAAGCAAGAGAGGGAGAGAAAGAGAAGAGAGACGGAUUCAGGGUAUUGGGAAGAAUGUGAAGAAGAGAUGGAAAUGGAAGCUAGGGAUCAGAACAAUUACGGAUUAGGGUUUAAGGGAAUGAAGAAAACGUUCGUCUUCUUCAUCGGCAAAAGGUCUCGAGGAUCGAUAACUCCAUGGCUUAUGCACGAAUUCCGUCUAGUGUACGUCGCGAACGCAAGAUCUCCGUGUCCUAUACGUCUUAAGGAUGCAAUAGAUAAAUGGAGGGCGAUUAAAGUGUUUGCUAAGAGCGAUGAGAGCGAAGAGGAGGAGAUGGAGGAGGAUGACUUCACGGCUUCAGACGAGUCGGAUGGUGAAGAAGUUGUUCAAAAUGGUUCGGUUUGGUGGUGAAUCAUCUGAAUUUAUUUAGUAUAAUAUAUAUAUAUAUAUAUAUAUAUAUAUAUAUAUAUAUUAAGUGUGGCAUUUAGAUGUUAGAACAUAUUAUCAUCGAUAUGUUUUGUCUCUGCACAAAAAUGUUGCAAUUGGAUAAACAUUGAGUUUGCUUUUGUAA